AUGGUUAAAGCUUUGAAAGAUUACAUCAUUGAAACAAAACAAAAAAGUGGUUCUAGUAACAAAUUAUUAAACUUGGUGAAAAACAAUAAUUUUGUUCUAAAUGAACUUAUAAACAUUGAAGAUGAUGAACUUUAUAACUUAGAUGUCCAAAGUAUUGAUCAUCCAGCAAUGAAUUCUGGUGGAAAAUGA